AUGGCAUUCAAGUUCCUGACUUUCGCCGCUCUGGUCGCCGUUGCGCGCGCUGGACUCAUUGCCUCGCCAGCUGUCAGCUACCAUGCUGCCCCGGCUCUGGCCAAGGUUGCCUAUGCUCCGGCGCCGCUGGUAGCCGCGGCCCCGAUUGCCAAGGUUGCCUACGCUGCCCACCCGGAGGAGUACGACGCGAACCCGCACUAUUCGUUCUCGUACGGAAUCUCGGAUGCUCUGACCGGAGACUCCAAGUCCCAGCAGGAGUCGCGCAGUGGAGAUGUUGUCCAGGGAUCGUACUCCCUUGUCGAUCCUGAUGGUUUCAAGCGCACCGUCGAGUACACCGCCGAUCCGCACCACGGAUUCAACGCUGUCGUCCACCGUGAGCCCUUGGCCGCCAAGGUCGCCACCAAGGUCAUCGCUCAGCCAGCCCUCGCCUACGCCGCUCCGGUUGCCAAGACCAUCUCGUACGCCGCUCCUUUGGCCACUAAGAGCUACGUCGCCAGCCCAGCCCUGUCCUAUGCCGCCCCAGCUCAUUACUCUUACUCCGCUCCUCUGGCCACCAAGAGCUACGUCGCCAGCCCGGCCCUCUCCUACGCCGCCCCAGCUUACGCGUCGUACCACUAA